CACAAUUUACUUGCUGAGAAGACGUCAAUGUUAUUGUAUUUCAUGUUGAACAGAAAACAAUUAUUCCUAUCUACAUAUGGUUAAAUACUCGCUGUAAUUAACAAUUUGUCAACGUGUGUUUCUAAAGUCUAAAGGGAGAGAAGUCACCCAUUCUUGCACUGUCAUCGCUCUGAGGACGAAGGGCAUAAUUUCACGCUAUGGGUGAUGUGAGAGAAACCCUUUUUAGCUUGGGACAGUGGUUGAUGAAAGGUAUAUUGGGAUUGGCUGUGAUGACUCUAGUGAUUGUGCCUCUCAUUCAGUGGAUGGUAUCUUGGUUUAUCAAAAGACACAAUGCUAACCAGUCUUCAGUGACUUCCGAGAUACAGGACAAGGAUGGUGAAGAACAAGAGAGGUGGAAAAGAAAGCAAAACUCAGCAAGAGAAGAAUUACAAAGAGAUCAUAUGGCAAAGGCUGCAGGGUUUAAAGAGAGAAUUUUAACACCUAGAGAAGAUGCCAAGCAGAAGAAAAAAGAGGAAUUGUUCUGCAGAUUUUUAGGACCAGCAUGGAAGGGCAAAGGAGUUGUACUAGGGGAGGAUGAGGGCACGAAAACCAAGAGGGAGGAGGAGUUUUCAAAGAACCAGGACAAAUGUACAACACCAGGUCAGAAGGCAGCUGCCUUACGAAGGAUUCAGAGUCCAACACCACAGCCUUCCUCCCAAAAACCUGUGCGGCAGAAACAGAUCAUCAAGUUGCCAGAGGAGCCUGAAGAGACUGCAGAAAGUACAGUUCUGGUUAUACUACGCUCACCUCUCCAGACCUCUUACAGACGGACGAUUUCACCAAACUGACACUGCCCAGACUUUGCUAGACUUCAUGACAGUAAGUGGUUUCAACCAAUCUUACAACACCCUGUGCACCUCCUAUCCACGCCAGGACAUUGGAGUUGACAGAAAUGUCACUCUACUGCAGCUUGGGUUUCAAAAUCAAGUCACU